CAACAUCACACCUUCGUUCUUACAACACCAUCACCACAGUCGCUAUUCAUCAACAGCAUCACCUCCUUACACUAAUACCAACCACCACAACACACACACUCAACCGUCAACAUGCGCACCACAUUCGCUGUCAUGGCCGCCGCCGGUCUCGCCGCCGCGCAGGGUCAAUACGGAGUCGUCUCUCAGAUCGCUGAUGGCCAGAUCCAGGCCCCAGCCUUCGAGACCGCCCCGGCCUACAACCCGCCCGCUGCCGUGACCUCCGCUGCUCCGGCUCCGCCACCGCCAGCCUACACGGCCCCGGCGCCCGCUCCUCCAGCUGAGACCGCUCCGGCACCCGCCCCGCCAGCGUACACCGCCCCAGCUCCGGCUCCGGCUCCUCCAGCUCCGGUCGAGUCUUCUUCCGCCCCAGCUCCAGCUCCGCCAGCGUACACUGCGCCUGCGCCAGCUCCCGUCGAGUCGGCUCCAGUCGUCGCUCCGGUCCCAACCACCGCUGCCCCGGCCCCAGCUCCACCAGUCGUCAGCAACGCCACCGCUCCGGCUCCUUACCCAACCGCCGGCGGAAACAGCACCAUGGCUACCAUGACCGCCUCCAAGAGCACCCCCGUGGAGACUAGCGCUUCCCAGCCAUCUGGCACUGCCCCUCCAGUCAACACUGGCGCUGCCGGCUCUCUCACCGUCAACAUCGCCGGUGUCGUCGCCGUGUUCUCUCUCUUCGCCUACCUCGCAUAAGCACCCUGCUUGAGAUGAGCCGAAACCACUUCACGACUGCGACUUUACAUUGUGUUUAAUAAUGUCUUCGCUUGGCCACGGACGUUGCACACUGCUGCUGCUCUGUGGACAGGGAGGAAACCGGAGUUUCAUGAGUCCACCUCAAGGCGCUUCGGGUACAUGGGAAAUUCGUUUUUUGACUGACGGCGCGAUUCAUUGCGAAGGCGGAUACAAUUGGGAGACCACAGGACUUGGAUUGGGUCGGGGUUACGCGUGUGCACAUUGCUGUGUUCUGAUGUUCUUUGCUUUCGGGCGCACACUGAGCAAGAUUGGCGAGGGAGGACUAAUCACGGCACUAUGCUCUUCCGUCCCUCACCGUCCUGGACCUGAUGGGCUCUCUUAUCCUUGCUUUUCGCUAUGGAUCAAGAGUGCCUGUUUGUAUCAAGUAGCUUGACAAAAUGACAAAAGUUUGUGUAAA